AAUUAAAGUAACUAAUAAGUUUUGUCGGGGCAGUGACAGUGAGAAAGAGACUUUGGUUGGGUGGGGGAGAUGGAAGGCGUAGGGUCGAGAUUGAGCCGAACUUCAUCGAGAUACAGUGGCCCGGCAGCGACGGCGGUUUUCAGCGGCCGUGUAAGGAAGUGGAAGAAGAAGUGGGUACGUGUCUCCACGUCACCCGUCGGCGUUUUCCGAGCAUCUAAAUCCAACGGUCGUAGCAACAACAACAACAACAGCAGCAAUUCCCCUCACCAUCUGCUUCUCCAUAAGUGGACUCCACUUUCCUCCGAAGCUAAUGGCUCCGGUGAGACGGAGGAGCCGCCUAAACGAAGAUUCCGAUACGCUCCUAUUGCGAUGUUUGAACAUAGAGAGAAAGUGGGUGCUGAAGUUGAAGCGGAAGAGACUGACGAAUUCGACAAUGAUUCUCCAUUGCCUAAAGCCGUUGUUGGGCUGGACAUGAACUUAACAGACUCAGACCAAACUAAGGAGGCAAAAAAUCGUCACUUGAAACUGGGACUGUGUCUGAAUUCUGAAGGGACUGAAGAAUGAAGAGAGAGAGAUUCAUGCUUUAAUUGAGAUGAAGCAACUUGUUGUAGCCUUUCUCAUUACAGUUUGAUCCUCUUCUGGAUAUGUAUCUAGUGUAUCUUUGGUUAGAAGAAGCUAUAUGUGUAUGUUAUCUGUAUGAUCAAAGUUACAAUCAAGACCAUAUCAUUCGAUGUUCCAUUUUUUUAA